AUGUCGACCGCCAAACCGCUUACGCCCGCGCAGACGCACGCCCUCUUCGAUAUCCUAAUCCACCACCAAGUCUACUCCGAAAUCGAAGCCUUCAAAUACCCCCACACCAUCGAUCAGUAUGGCUACCCCUUCCGGAAGGCAGACGGCGUCCAGUCGACGAGCCCAUUGCUACAGAACAUGCUCAACAAGUUUGCGCUAUGCAACCCCGCCAUAAGAAACUUUGGCGAGAGCUGGUGGUCCGACAAGAUCCAGACGCUAGUCGCUAGAAUGGCCGAGGCGGAACUGAGCGAGAGUUACGAUAAAGGCGCUAUUGGCAGUCGGAAGGCCCUUGCAACGGCAGCGAGUAGCAUCGCUGAGUACGUUGCACGAGGCAUGUUGGGUGGAUACUCAGCAACGAAGAAGAAGGAGAGCAAGAAGGAAUACGACACAAGCAAGCCCGAAGACGUCAUACAAGGCUUUGAGGAACUGGUCAAGGAUGCGAUAUACGGGGAUGCUUUGGAUGAUCUGUAUGAGAAAGUCAAGGCGACGCCAAGACUGGAGGACCAUUCCAGCAGUCUGCAGGCAGCGCACGAGUAUAUGCUGUUGAAUGCUGCAUCUUUCCUCCACCAUGUCUUCGUCAUGUCGCCCGACGGCCAAUACCUCGUUCGCCUCCUCGAGAAUCUGCACCGCCUCAUACCAUACACCGUCAUCAAGCAGACAUUGCGCGUUGGAAACGCAGCGACAAUGAUCAACGGCAUGGUUAGACUAGUACUAGCCAAGCUAUCGGUGACGGCCAUGACCAACUGGAUAGGCCUUACUAACAAUACCAACGACGGCAUGAAUCUUCUACAGCAAAUUCUGUCUACGGUAUUAGCAUGGGACACAUCCGAAUUCCAAAAGCGGGCAACGAAACUAGAGUCGUCGCGCAACGCGCCCGACAAGAAGGUCUUCAAGGCACUCAAGACAUACGUCUACUCUUCACGGGAGAAACAUGAGGCGGCGCGAAGCCAGUCAAUAUCCGAGUCGAAGUCCAUCGCAGCUGUCAUCCUCGAAACAUCCGACCCUCCAUACAAGAUCGAUGCCGAGACCCUGAGCGAACACCAACAUAGCGUAGCCAUGGAAUACCUCAGCACAUACCUUUCGAUUCGCGACCGGGAGGAACUCACCAAGGUUCUCUGCAAAUCCAACCCCGAUGUCUUGACUUCCACCAUACGCGACGCGGUCACCGGCAUGGAUCCCGUCAUCCGAGCCAUACACAACGCCGUCGAUCUUUCGGGCACUAUAACCGACGCGGAAGCUUUCAUCACCGACCUGAUCAAGACUGCCAAGCCAAAGAAGAAGGGCACAAGGAGCCGCGAAACUUCUAAGUCAAGACCGAGCUCACCUGACCCAGCUAGCAUCCUCGAUCAAGAAGCAAGCGACGCCCCCACCGUGGAAGACUUUGUCCAACUCCUCAAGAAGCACGCUCCCUCCAUGCACAAGUUCCUACAUCAAGUUACGAAGAACGCACCCGACCUCGCCCAAGAUUACCUCGUCUACGCCAAACGCAUAUUCUCUGAGUUCCGCGUCGACGAGCGCGCCAAAGAAGCCGAAGAAAGAGGCGAAGGCGGCGCAGGCAACAUGACAGCACCCCUCCACUCGCUCUUCGAAACUCUCAGCAAAGACAAACAAGAAGAGCUAAAGAAACUCCUCGACCAACACGAAAAGCAUCUCACCACCCUAAAGUCCACAUCCCAAACCCGUCUAGAAUCCAUCAUGAAGCCCGCACCAUCAUCACAAAACGGAAAAGGCACAACGCACGGUCCAGGCAUGUACCUCUCGCGCUGGAACGCACUACUCGACAGCACGCUCAUCUCCCCCGCCACCAUCCACGGCCCUGUGCGCAAGGGAUGGGAAGUAAAAGGCGAGCUAGAUGGCAAAGGUCUCAAGACAAAUAGCUCGUUACUGGAUAAGGACAAGAAACGGGAUCGUGUUACCGCUAUGAUGGCAGACGGGACGGGAGACAAGGUUGAGCGGAAAGAAAGGAAGAGAGAUGGGCUAGAGGAGGAGAGUAUGGAAGUUGUUUGGGAGGGCAUGAGGGAUGGGUGGGUGGGUGUUUGUAGGGGGUUGGAGGUUAUGGGGCCGGAGUAG